AUGGGGAUUCACAAGACUUGGCUCUCAGAGCUAAGAGCUAAAGUUAGCAAUAACAAUAAUGAUGUUAAUAAACAUGAAGAAGUCCUUGGAAUCCUGUCCUUUGAAGCAGCGGCCACCAUGUCAAACCUUGUGUCCCUUCACAAAGCCUUGUCCGAGACCGAGCUCCACCACCUCCGCUCCGACACCAUGCGCGCCCAGGGUGUCUCGUAUCUAAACUCCACCGACCAAUCCUUUCUCCUCCGCCUCGCGUGCGCCGAAUUCAUGUCCGACCUUGACCACGCCGCUGAGGCCAUAUCCCGUCUCGAGACCAAGUGCCACACGCCACGCACUAAGUCCUUCAUCCAAGUCUACUCCGACCUCAAAACUGGCAACUCUGAUCAAGAACAACUCGGCCCUGGUUCAUUCUGCAAGAAAAAAGCAGAGAAGAAGGUGAAAAAGAUGGAGAAAUACAUAGUUUCCACUUCUAAACUUUGCGUGGAGAUGGAAGCCAUGGAUGUUUCCAGCCAAAAGCUUAACAAGCAAUGGAACCGAUACAGUGGACCCAUACCAAACUACAACAACGAGCUCCUUGUAGAAAUGAAAUCACAGCAACAAAAGAUUCAACGUCUCAAAGAGGAAUCUCUCUGGAAUAAAACCUUCGACAAGGUGGUUCGUCUCAUGUCAGCCUCCACCUUCUUCAUCUUCGCUCGUGUUUGCUCGGUGUUCGGCCCGUUCGUGCCGGGACUCCCUCCGGUGGUGACAUUACACGGGAAAAGCUCGUCCAUUUGGUUCGCGCCAGUGUCCAAAUUACGUACGCGUACUCGUUUAGCAUCGUCCGGGCCGAUAGAGAGACGCGUGCCGAAUGAAUUCCCAAUCCGACCGAACUCGUGUCCCAUUAUAAGUUCAAAAGAAGCAGAGGUGAGCGGGAAGUGGAGUGAAAUGUUGGAAGCUCCACCGAACACGGUCGGUUGGUCUUGCAUGGCUUUGAGAUACGCUGAUGUGAUCGUGUCCGCUGAGAAGUUACUGCAUGUGAGAUCUAUUGAUGAGCCAAUGACUGCUAAGGAACAGAGGUGCGAAUUAGCGGCCAGGGAUGAGUUUUAUCGUAUGCUCCCAAAAGGGCUUCAUGGAGCUUUGAGGAGAAAGCUGAGGGAGUACCGCCGUGAUGCUGGGUUCUGUGAUAGAUUCAUGGCCGAAGGAUGGAAGGAUGCAGUUGAGAGGAUCUUGAAAUGGUUGGGACCAAUGGCGCAUGACACGUUAAGGUGGCAAACUGAGAGGAACAUGGACAGGAGGCAAUGGUUUGAUCCAAAACCCAAGGCUUUGCUUCUUCAGACUUUGCAUUUCUCUGAUAAGGUGAAGACGGAGGCUGCCAUUGUUGAGGUUCUUGUUGGUUUGAGCUGUGUUUGCAUGUAUAUGAAUUGCCCUACGGAAGAAGCACAACAUUCAUAUUGA